UAUCCUUCUUAAAUGCUACUUGAUCCUGCCGGUCUGUGAGGUUGCUGCGGGAGUGGGGAGAGGGAGGGGACAAAACCUGUCAUCUCUUUUCCAAUUCUGAGACUGAGGUCUCCUUGUGUUUCUGGGAGACCAGAACCUCAAAGGGUGAUCAAACAAGAUAACUGUCGACCCGGGUAAUGCUCAGGUGUGAGAGGAGUCACAGAAUACAUUUCAUCCUUAAACUUGGCGGGUGAGAACUGGAGCUGGUGGGGAGGCGGCGGCGGAAAAGGAGCCACGUCAACUGAAUGGCUCGCCGUCCUAGUGGUUCCUCAUUUUAUCUAUUCUGUUGUCUCAGCGAGGUGUGUCUGGCUUUCUGAGCCGAGGAACCGGGGAAAGGGGCUACACGGAGAAAGGGACAGUUGUGUUGCGUCUGACCUAAGGGCGGAGGUCCCUGUAGCUGGACUUUCCUGUCCUGCGAACGCAGCGGGGGAACAACGUCACCUCCGUUUCUCUGGCAGUGAACCCAGGGGCACCUCAACCCGUUUUCAUUUGGAUUUUCCGUCUUGGAGGAGAGCAAAUGGGACCAGCGGGAGCAGGUGGCCUGUGUUGAUGCAAAGGUGGCUUGUGUUUCAGCCCUUGGUGACUGAGGUCAAAGGCUUUGAAAACCCGCCAGGGUAGCUUUGGAUAUCUGUCUCUUCCUAGUCAAAGGCGCUUCCACUUUCAGUUGUAAAAGAGGAAAAAAAAAAAAAAAAAAACCAAACCAGGAAGUGAAGUCCCCAGCACCAGCAUGUCAGAAAGCCCGGCUAUGGCUUGGCUGGGACAGAUCAGGGCAGGGCAGAAGUGGGGACGCUAGCCAGGCUGCCUGCCUGCCUGCAUGGACGCUCUGAAGCCACCCUGCCCGCGGAGGAACCCGGGGUGAGGAAGGGAGAACCGGGGCUCUCCUGCCAGCAAGAAGCCGGAGACAGAAAGCCCCACUCGGAAGCUCCAAGGCGUGCGGCCCUUCACAGGGUAAGGGAUCUGGAACCGGGUGUGAUCCUAGGACGGGGUUCGUGCGCGUGACAGAGGCAUCCCGAAUCCCUCCUCCCUGUCCACUUCAGGAAGCGGCUUGGAAUUCACAGCUCGCUGUGCCCCCACGUGUGUGCGCCAUGCUCUCUCUGCCUGGGAGUGGAGGGCUCCUCUGUAUCAGAAGGGGUGAGGGGAAGGAGGAAGAGGACGCAGGGAGGGACUUUAUCCUCUCGGGGAUGGAAUACAAGCAGAGACAUUUUUGCGGACCUGAGCACGUGGCGGCUCCCUGGGGUGGGCUGGGGGUUUAACCUUGGCUUUUCACUGAGUUUUGUCUCCCUCCGAUGGUAGGAGCUGAGGAAUGAGUCUAAGGAGAUGGAGAGACAGGCCGAAUGAAGCUGGGUGGUUGAAUCUAAGAUGCUCUUGAAGGGUUUUGAGGGAGUGAACGUUGAAAAGGGGUCCACGGCUGGGCUUUGGUACCUCCUGUGGUAUCGCCCCUCCCCCCUCCUUUGACAGUCUAGUCUGAAUGGCAGGAUUGAAUCUAAACUUCCUACUUACAGUUGAUUGGUGCCUUGUAAGAGGCAGGGUCUAGAAUAAAAUAAAACAUUGGUCAGGUUUAAAAACGGAAGACAGAAGCAGCGGAUUCCGAUCCCGCCCUCUACGUGCACGGCAGGUCUGAAUUUCCUGUUGGUAUUCACAAAGAUGCUUUUUAUUUUUAACUUCUUGUUUUCCCCACUUCCGACCCCGGCCCUGAUCUGCCUCCUGACAUUUGGAACGGCUAUCUUCCUGUGGCUGAUCAACAGACCUCAGCCAGUCUUACCUCUCAUUGACUUGGACAACCAGUCUGUAGGGAUUGAGGGAGGAGCACGGAGAGGCGCUUUCCAGAAGAACAAUGACCUAAUCCUUUAUUACUUCUCAGACGCCAAGACGUUGUAUGAAGUUUUCCAAAGAGGACUUGCUGUGUCUGACAAUGGACCUUGCUUGGGAUACAGAAAGCCGAACCAGCCCUACAAGUGGAUAUCCUACAAGCAGGUGUCUGAUCGAGCAGAGUACCUGGGCUCCUGUCUUUUGCAUAAAGGAUACAAGCCAUCGCAGGACCAAUUUAUUGGCAUCUUUGCUCAAAAUAGGCCAGAGUGGGUCAUCUCCGAGUUAGCCUGUUACACAUAUUCCAUGGUAGCUGUCCCCCUGUAUGACACACUGGGAGCAGAAGCCAUCAUCUAUGUCAUCAACAGAGCUGAUAUCUCCGUGGUGAUCUGUGAUACACCCCAAAAAGCAACAAUGCUGAUAGAAAAUGUGGAAAAGGACCUUACCCCAGGCCUGAAGACAGUCAUCCUCAUGGACCCUUUCGAUGAUGACCUGAUGAAACGAGGAGAGAAGUGUGGCAUUGAGAUGUUGUCUCUGCAUGAUGCUGAGAAUCUAGGCAAAGAGAACUUCAAAAAACCAGUGCCUCCGAACCCAGAGGAUCUAAGUGUUAUCUGUUUCACCAGUGGAACUACAGGUGACCCCAAAGGAGCUAUGCUGACCCAUCAAAAUAUCGUUUCAAACAUGGCUGCUUUCCUCAAAUUUCUGGAGCCUAUCUUCCAGCCCACCCCCGAGGAUGUGACCAUAUCCUACCUUCCCUUGGCCCAUAUGUUUGAGAGGCUUGUCCAGGGUGUCAUAUUUUCCUGUGGAGGCAAAAUUGGGUUCUUCCAAGGAGAUAUCCGGUUGCUACCUGAUGACAUGAAGGCUUUGAAACCCACAGUGUUUCCCACAGUGCCUCGACUCCUUAACAGGGUCUAUGAUAAGGUACAAAAUGAAGCCAAGACACCUUUGAAAAAGUUCUUAUUGAACUUGGCUAUCAUCAGCAAAUUCAACGAAGUGAGAAAUGGCAUCAUUCGGCGGAACAGUUUGUGGGACAAGCUCGUGUUUUCAAAGAUCCAAAGCAGCCUGGGUGGGAAGGUUCGUCUCAUGAUCACUGGAGCCGCCCCUAUCUCCACUCCAGUCUUGACGUUCUUCAGGGCUGCAAUGGGAUGCUGGGUGUUUGAAGCUUACGGCCAAACAGAAUGCACAGCUGGGUGUUCUAUUACAUCACCUGGGGACUGGACAGCAGGUCAUGUUGGGACUCCGGUGUCCUGCAAUUUUGUCAAGCUGGAAGAUGUGGCUGACAUGAACUACUUUUCAGUAAACAACGAAGGCGAGAUCUGCAUCAAAGGCAACAAUGUGUUCAAAGGCUACCUAAAGGACCCAGAGAAGACACAGGAAGUACUGGACAAGGAUGGCUGGCUUCACACUGGGGACAUCGGUCGCUGGCUUCCAAAUGGAACUCUGAAAAUCAUUGACCGGAAGAAGAAUAUUUUCAAAUUGGCACAAGGAGAAUACAUCGCUCCAGAGAAGAUUGAAAAUGUUUAUUCCAGGAGCAGACCAAUAUUGCAAGUUUUUGUCCAUGGGGAGAGCUUACGGUCAUUCCUGAUAGGAGUGGUGGUUCCUGACCCAGAGUCACUUCCCUCAUUUGCAGCCAAGAUCGGGGUAAAGGGAUCCUUUGAAGAACUAUGCCAAAACCAGUGUGUAAAGAAAGCCAUUUUAGAAGAUUUGCAGAAAGUUGGGAAAGAAGGUGGCCUUAAAUCCUUUGAGCAGGUCAAGAGCAUCUUUGUGCAUCCGGAGCCGUUCUCAAUUGAAAACGGGCUUCUGACACCGACACUGAAAGCCAAACGAGUGGAGCUUGCCAAGUUCUUCCAGACACAAAUCAAGAGCCUCUAUGAGAGCAUCGAAGAGUAACUUAAGUUGCUGAGCUGGAAGCGGUGGGGGACGAAGCGGAAACUAUGUCCAGCGAACUUUUCCAGUAAAUGAAGCAAUCACUAAAGGACUGUCCUGAGUUGGGAGCAAAGCAACGUGGACGAGCUCGAUGUGACGCCUGCACUGCAGGCGUCUUCUGUGAUGGAAGCUCUGGAUCUUUCUCCUUGGACUUCAGUCCCUGCAGUAUUUUGCUGCCAGAUAGCAUGUGGUGCCUCUACCUGUAAAUGUCAGAUCUUUGAAAUAAACUAUUACAGAUAUUA